AUGGCGCUAAUCAUCAGUCCGCUGGUUCUCUCGCAGAUCUACAGUUAUAGUCCUGAGGCUGUGUACUACGUGACUGCUGGGGUGUGUUUCUUGGGCAUGCUGGACAUCGGCUAUGUGGCUACAUGGAAGGGAUCGAAGGACUUUGGCAAGAUAGCGAGCUAUGAAGAGGAAGAAAAGAAAGAGAAAAACAUCGAGAUGAGCGAAGUGGAGAAGAAGGGAGCGGAGCAAGGGGAGAGUGGUGUGAUGGUUGAUAUUACCAACGCAGAUUCUCCUAUGAAGAACUCGGUACAAUCUGCUGAUGAACUUUCGACAACUCCGACGGUCGCUGAAUCGAGCGAGGUGAACGAAGCAGCGAAGCCUGUUGAAUCAUCGAGCCCAUCGAUCGUGUCGAACACGAAUGAAACAGUCAAAGUGACUUUAUAACCCAGUCUCGUGACUGAUCCAUCGACUGAAACGAUUUCAAUUCCUGAAUUGCUUCAUUCCAAGGGAUAUAAUAUUCGGGUACAUCGACGAUGGAA